AUGGAGGCUACCGAUAACCGCCCACUCAUACCUCCAGCAACAUCAAUCGCUGAAGCAGAGAACAUCUCGAGCUGCUCUCAGAUUCAACCAGACAAUGGUCUCCCCCAAGUCGUUGCCUCUGAUUUCCCCGAGGUCGCAGAGAUAUGCUACCCUCAGGUUAUUGACACGUCCGCACCCGAAGCACUCAACAGAGAGCUCCCCGAAGUGACACGGGAAAAACGCGACGGAAAGACGAGGCGAAAAAGGCUCUGGCUGAUCCUUGGAACCAUCGCUUUCCUAGCUGUGGCAGUUGGUGCUGUUAUUGGAGGAGUUCUUGGUUCUCGGACCAAGACGAUUGGCACCCGGAAACCAGCACAGCAGCCGUCCAUGCCACCUCAGCUGCUUCCAUCCACCUCCCUGGUGAGCUUCAACUAUACAGACAAUGAUGGAACUGAGCAUCGCCGCCUUCUCUUCCAAAAGACGGAUGGAGUACUCUACCAGUCCGCUUGGAAUUCAUCGUCCAAGUCCUGGGUAAUGUCAGCUGUGAGUUCCCCGGAGAGGCAGCAAGACCCAGGCAUCAACUUGGACGUCAAGCAUGGAACUCCCCUCGCUGGAGGAACCCGAAACUUCCACUUCUUCUACCUCGACAACGGAGGCGCAAUCAGAGAGCUUUUCGCGGAAAACGACGCCGAUGGCCUAUGGAAAACUGGUCCCUCGGAUAACAAAUUCAAGGCAAGCUCGGCGUCCAGGCUUGCAUGGUACGUCGGCGGACAGAAGAGUACAGUAUUUGCUCUCGGGACCGAAUUUUGCACUCAGUACUUGCUCCCACGCAUGGAAAAGUCGAAGAUUGCGGACGUCUCGUUCAAAAGCGGUGUCGGUGCUGUCACGUUGAAAGGCGACAGGUGGAGGGUGCCGCAUCAGAGAGACCACACCGUGCCAUGGGAUGACGAAACUCUCGCAAAGAAAGCAGCGCCCGCUAUUCAUUCCCUUCCCGCACUGGUGGCGUUACUCACAAUCGCUGGUGUGGUAGCGUGGCGAAGAAAGAGUCCCCAAGGUUCCUGGAAUAGAUGGGUGUUGAAGCAUCCACCGGGGUAG